AUGGCUGAGGGUAAUGACUGGGAGGAAAAUGAGGAGGUCCUGUUGCACCUGAGGCUGAUUGGAGCAUUUGUUCUGGCUGUUGGAAUUUAUGCAGAAGUUGAAAGACAGAAAUACAAAACACUUGAAAGUGCCUUUUUAGCCCCAGCAAUUAUUUUAAUACUCUUGGGCAUUGUGAUGUUCUUCGUAUCCUUCAUGGGUGUCCUGGCUUCUUUAAGAGAUAAUUUAUGUCUUCUUCAAGCAUUUAUGUACAUUCUUGGUAUUUGUCUACUGAUUGAACUAAUUGGUGGAGUUGUGGCAUUGAUCUUCAGAAAUCAUACAAUUGACUUUUUAAAUGAAAAUAUCCGAAGAGGAAUUCAAAAUUACUAUGAUGACCUGGACUUCAAAAACAUAAUGGAUUUUGUUCAAAAGGAGUUCAAGUGUUGUGGUGGAGAGGAUUAUAAAGACUGGACAAAGAAUCCAUACCAUGAUUGUUCUGCACCAGGGCCAUUGGCAUGUGGAGUGCCGUAUACUUGUUGUGUCAGAAACAAGACAGACAUUAUCAACACUAUGUGUGGAUAUAAAACUAUUGAUAAAGAGCGCCUGAGCAUUCAACAUGUUAUAUAUAUUCGAGGAUGCACAAAUGCAGUACUCAUUUGGUUCGUAGACAAUUACAGCAUCAUGGCAGGUGUCUUGCUUGGUAUAUUGUUACCACAGUUCUUAGGUGUGUUGUUGUCAUUACUUUACAUAACACGAGUAGAGGACAUCAUUGCCGAGCACAAGCUUAGUGAGGAUGCUUCUGUUGCAUUCCAGGAAAAGUCAGAAGUUGAACGAGCAGGAACGGGUUGCUGUAUGUGUUACCCUGGGGAACAGUAGUUGCCAGGCAGAAAAUCUUAAGUAAAGUAUAAACGAAGCCUUGUUUUGGUUUGUAUCUUUUUCUGCAGAUCUUACAGACCUUGGACAUAAGCAGUGUUAAAGCCUUUUUGAUAUUUUUAAAAACAAUGCAUCAAAAGCAGAAGCCAAACUUCUCCACCCUGUGGUCUUAAUUGAUUUUCCACUGUGUUUCAGUGCCGAGUAUGCUUUGACUUUUCACAGGAUUUUUCAGGCAGUCUACUGUGGGGUGUUUCAGAGUCUUAGGAGUGCUAGAUUUCAUCAGACCAAAAAGUGGAACAGGUGUUUUCCAGAAGUGGACAAAUUGCUACUGGACACUGUAACCAGCUCAGUUCAGCCACACCUUUUGUUGCACUAGCCAGCUACUACCAUAAGUGACUGCUUGCCUAUAAUACAAGUUCUGUAUCUACUCUCCUUUCCGUGUUUUGCCUCCAAGGAAACAAAUGGUCUCCUACAGCACAAUCCCAGGAGCCAGCCCUGCUUGAAAACUGUUAACUAAACUUGUUUUUUAAAUGAUUACUGAAGGAACUGUGAUAAGAGACAUUUUCUGUUAGGGAAAACUCAGAAGUAAACUUUUUUAAAAGAGAGCUUUUGUUUCUUAACCUGUCAUAUUUAAAUGUUUGUCCUUUCAGAUAUAUUUUCAUAUUGAUUCCUAAACAAAAGGGAGACUUAUGUGUGCUUAUAUUUUGAAUCAAAUGGCAAAUAUUAAAUAGACAUUUAACAUUUUUAUGCUGGUCCUGAUGAACUGAUAUAACUGUGUGUAAUGCCAUAAACUUCAUUGCUGAAUCCUUUGUGCCUUUUAAUAAUUGGGUAUAUGCCAAUGUUUGAAUCAGUCAGGUAUGCUUUGAUAAACUUUUUAUGCAAUUUAUUACUGUACGGAUUUUUAUGGCAGCUGCUAGAUACUGGAUUAAUUUGAGUCUUGUAUGUAUAUGUAUUUUUCCCUCUAUAAAUUAUCUAGAUUGCCUA